AUGGCCUUUUCUUCUGCGCGCGGCAACAAGUCGAUCGACGAAAAAACCCUCGGCCUACCAGAUGGGCAGGGCCGGACUGGUCUCCGGAAUCGGAGCGGGGACCUUGAUGGCGACCGCCUACGCACGACCCUUCGUCGCAAUGACGUCGACGCGGACAGUGAUGGAUGGAGCACGGUGAAGCCUCGCAAGAGCUUCGGAGCCGAGGGCGCAGAGCGCUUCCACGGCAAGAUGGGGGGCAACUACCGAGACGAGAAGCGCCCUCAAAGGGAACGCGACGAUCGGGAGCCAACUCGAGACCGCCCGACCAGGGCCUUUGACGGCUUUACGCGAGAUCGGGAGGCCACUCCCGAAACUGAGCCCCGGCCACGAAAUGGAGCUGGCCGUAGCAAGCUCGACACCUGGCGUUCCGGCAACGACGUCAAAGAACCUGCCCCCGUCCCAGAGAAGCGCGAGCGCGAGCGCGAUCGCGACCGCACAAAGAGCUGGCGUGAUCGUGAUCGUGACACUGAGCCGUCUGACGAACAACGAGGCGGUGGCAGAAACACGGACCGCCGCUGGGGACGAGACCGCGACCAGAGGAAUGAACGAGACCCGGAGUGGCUCGACGAACCGCAGCCUGAGCAGCGCGAGGCUCACACACAGCAGGACUUCCAGAAGUGGAUGGAGCAGAUGAAAGCUGCUAAGAGCGGAGCAUCUGCCGCCGCGAAGCCCACUGCAAAUAUCAUCGAGACGGUCGAGGCUGCAAAGCCACCGGCGCCUUCGCCUGCUGUUGAAGCAGGGCCAGACAAGUUCUUCAUGGCAUUUGGCGGUACAUCAAGCGCGGCACUUCCUGUUGCCAGCCCUCCCGAACAGAAGGAGACCGCUCCUGCCGCCAAGGCCAAACCCGCGGGCAAGUCGUCGAGGUUCACAUCGUUCUUUGCCCAGCCUCAGUCUGAUGGGCGCGCGAGCGCACCAACAGCCACGCCCCCGACGGCGCCGCCGUUCCAAAGCCCUAUUCCGAUAUCGAUGCCUGGACCUGGGCAUCCAUCGGCGCCAGAGGAAGAGCGGCAGGCGUUCCAGCAGCUCCUUGCCAAGCUGCAGAAGCAAAGCAUGAGCGCCACACCUCCAGGCGUGUCAGCCUUCCCAGCUCCGCAGCAGGGCAACGGCCCCGAUCAGAGCAAGAAGGGUGCCAUUGCUUCACCAGAGCUAUUCCAGCAGUACGGAGGCGACCGCCGCGACGGCCCAAUGGGUCGGCCACCAUCUCAGCAGCCGCGCGAAAUCCUCGCGCCGCGCCCGCAGCCACAGACUGCGCGCCCCGACCAGCUCCUCAAUGAGCUCGUGGGCCACCACAACCGUGUUUCGAGCCAGGGAUCCGGACGCGCGGAUCCAGGAGCGGCUCGAAACAACAGCAACACCGAGUUCUUGAUGAACCUGAUGAGGCCCGGUCUCGCCACCCAACAGUCCGACCAGCAGGUUCGCAUGCAGCAACAGCAACAGCAGCCGCAGCCGCAGAAGCCUGCGCAGAUGACACCGUACAACGAGCGAGAGUUCGAGUUCCCCGGUGUGGAGAACCGCAACACCGCCCAACGCCAAGGACGCAACCAGCCGCCACCAGGCUUCCCGAUGGACGACUCCUUCCACGGUGCCGCCGACCAGGAGCAGCGCCAGAACCAGCCCCCGCAGAUCCUGCAGCGUCCGCCCCCGCCCCCAGGCCUCAACCAGAUGCCUCCCGAGUGGAUGGCCAGAGGACAGAUGCCGCCCCCUCAGCAGCGAGGCCCGAUGGGCCCGCCGCCUGGAUUGGCUGGGGAGCCGAACCGAAACAUGCCUGUGCCGCACAUGUUUCCUCCCAACUUCCCGCCCGGGGCCAUGCCUCCUCCUCCUGAGGCGCUUGGCGGGAUGCCUCCGCGCAACAUGCCCAUGCCGCCGCCGGGCUUCUUCGCUGGUCCUCCGCCUCAGGGCUUCCUGCCCCCUGGACUGGGCGGGUUCAACGGGCCACCCGGCCCCGAGUCGCACGGUUUCGGUGGCUCCCCGUUUGAGGGACGUGGCAUCCCCCCUGCCGGUAACCGUGGCACCAACUACGGCCGCCCGUGA